AUUUCAACUUCCGGAAAGCUGUCUGCCGUGCAGCUUCGAGUCAAAACCGUGCACCAUUCGCUACUUUGUGCGAGCCGUCAUCGACAUACCCUAUCAAUCACCGCCUCAGGGCAUCAAGUACUUUACCAUCAUCGGACCGCACAUUGACUGCAUGGACAAGCAGUUUCUGCAUGUCGGCUUCAACAUUGAACGAGGAGUGCUCGGCAUGAACAAGGACGUGGUGCACACUGUGCUCGAGUACCAGGGAGAGAAUGUGGCACCGAACCAAAAGUUUCGCUUCGACAGCUCAGACAGCUUGGUCGUGCCCGUCAUGCCGCCCACCAUCAUCGGCCUGAGUAAGCUGCUGCAAAUAUUUUACUCGCUCAAGGUUUGGGUUGAGCUUGAAAAGUCAGGAGAAAACUUGCACUUGAUCUUCCCCAUCACCAUUGCCACUUGUCCAUUUCGUAUACCCAAUUCCAAUAAGCAACCGGUUAUUGACUACAACGUCUGUUGUGACCACGUGGAGGGUGGCAUGUACAUUGGACCCGAGUUCAGGACUGGCGGCCAAGUCUACGACGGCUCCUUGGACGUGGAAGACGUCGUUCUCUACAGGCCCGUCUACCUGUGUGUAAAGCGACAGCACCCCAACACCACCACCACCACCCAUCGGACUCAACAAUCAAAUGAGCUUAGCAACUGCGAUCCUGGCCCCAGCAAGCGUACGUAG